AUGGAAUGCAUUCUCGAACCAACCCAGACCAACCUCGAGUUGGCGUCGAGCGCGCUCGCGCGUGGCAAGCUGGUGGCCUUUCCCACGGAGACUGUCUAUGGGUUAGGCGGUAACGCUCUCAUGGAGGACACGGUCCGCAAGAUCUACGAGGUGAAAGGCCGUCCCGCCACGGAUCCCCUCAUCUGUCACGUCGACACCUUAGCGAAGGCCGUGCGGUUAUGGGACCCAUCCUGGGAUGAGGGGUCCCUUCAGCUGGCCUCCGCGAUCGGCGCGUCGUUGUGGCCCGGCCCGUUGACCAUCGUGUGCCGGGCGAACCCGUCCCUCCCGGUGUGUGUCACAGGUGGCUCCAGCUUUGUUGGCGCCCGCAUCCCCCGUCACCCAACAACCUUAGGACUGCUCAGCCUAUUGGACUUCCCAUUGGCCGGGCCCAGUGCGAACGUCUUUGGCCAUGUGAGUCCCACCACAGCGAGACACGUCUACGACGACCUCUUCUCCCGCGACCCGGAGCUCCUUAUCCUCGACGGAGGGGGGUGCGAGAUCGGGAUCGAAUCUACCGUCGUCAAGAUCAACAGCCUCGAGAGUGUGGAAGUGGUGCGGCGUGGGGGGACUUCAGUGAGCGCCAUCCUCAGGGCCAUCGCGGAUCGCUUCCCGAGCACGCGCAUUGAUAUUCGUGAUACGCGGUCGAGGCUUGCCCGCGUGGAUGCGCCCAUGGAUGCGCCUGGUCAGCUCUUGACCCAUUACUCUCCGGCAGUUAUGUCGUCAUUGGUCACCCCAUCAAGCUUAGCCUUUGGCUCCUUGGACUUUCCCCUAGUUGUUCGGAUUGGAGUAGCAGUUUUCCCUAUUGAAAAGAUCAUUGUAAUUGAUUACAAAGGAGUUCUUUGGAUGCUGAGGCAUAAAUGCAUCGCUUAUAGGGAUUUGAGCCCCGAGGGCAACGCAAAGGCGGCGUCCUUUGAUGUCUUUGACACACUAAGAUGGACCGAGUCUGUUAAGGGUGCGGGCGCGGUUGUAUUUCCCCUUCUUUCUGAAUGGCCUGAAAUCCUUGAUGACGAUGUUGAGCUCCUUGCUGCAGUUGAAGAUCGUUUAUUUCGCGCUGCGUCUGGGACGGUUGCCGUGAUAUGCAACUCCGAUUCAUCAUAA